AUGAGGGAAACACUCACGUUAUCACACAAGUGCUGCCUUUCUAUAACAACUGCCUACUUCAAGGAGGUGGUGCACGAGGAGGACGAGGAGCUGCCAUUGGACAUCGACAUCGACAUCGAUGAACUAAGAAAAAGGCUCUUGUUUCCUCCUGCUAGGAACGUGCAACAACUCUCGUUUCAAACAGGACGCGAUCAAUGCAUGUGGGAACGAUCCCUUUUUUUUAAUGCAUUCUUUGAGAUUUGCCAUCCCGAGCACGUAUUUGCAAAGUCAGACAUCCGCUUCAGAAACAACAAUCAUUUUUGCAGGCUCAUGCUGAGGGAGGUCUUGGAGAAGAAGACCAAGCCCGCGGAUUGGUCUCGUUACCUCAAACAUGUUCAAAUAAGAACGGAUCCUCAUAAAAAAUGGAAAACCCUAACAAAUUCCCGGAGAAGCUUUCUAGAAAAUGGCUCCCUACAUUUCAAACUAAAAUGGUGUUAG